UUGUUUUUUAAACUUCUAUCUGUUAUUGUUGUGUGUGUUAUUUGCAAUUGUAUAUAUAAUUGAAUAUAUAUUUACAUAUAGAACUACAUGAUUAUAUAUAAUUGUAUAUAAUUGUGUAUAGUUAUAAGACAUUAAGUGAGGGUGAAGGUUUAUAAUAUAUUUAAAAUAUUUAUAAUAUGUCUUUAUUGUGUUCUUUAUUAAGUUUGUAUUUAUUAAUAUUAAAAAAUGUUUCAAAGAUGUUGUUUCUUAAACAUGUUUUAUUAGUUUUUACAGUGAAAUAUUCAUCAUAUUAAAUACACAUGAACGUAGUUUCCUGUUGGCUCUUCCUCUGUGUCGUCAGGGCGACGAGACGUUCAGCAGAAAUCUGAAUAAUGAUCCUGACAUCAUCGUGACACUCCUUCAGCCUGACUCAGUCUGCUCCUGAUGGAGGAGCCCCCCCAGCAGGUCCUCUUCCUGGGAACAGCCGGCUCCAGGAGCAUAAAUACAACCUCCAUCUUCAGCCCUCCAUCAGAGCUGCUUCACCCCUCCAUCUUCAGCCCUCCAUCAGAGCUGCUUCAGCCCUCCAUCAGAGCUGCUUCACCCCUCCAUCUUCACCCCUCCAUCAGAGCUGCUUCACCCCUCCAUCUUCAGCCCUCCAUCAGAGCUGCUUCAGCCCUCCAUCAGAGCUGCUUCACCCCUCCAUCUUCAGCCCUCCAUCAGAGCUGCUUCAGCCCUCCAUCAGAGCUGCUUCACCCCUCCAUCUUCACCCCUCCAUCAGAGCUGCUUCAGCCCUCCAUCAGAGCUGCUUCACCCCUCCAUCUUCACCCCUCCAUCAGAGCUGCUUCACCCCUCCAACUUCACCCCUCCAUCAGAGCUGCUUCACCCCUCCAUCUUCACCCCUCCAUCAGAGCUGCUUCACCCCUCCAACUUCACCCCUCCAUCAGAGCUGCUUCACCCCUCCAUCUUCACCCCUCCAUCUUCAGCCCUCCAUCAGAGCUGCUUCACCCCUCCAUCUUCACCCCUCCAUCAGAGCUGCUUCACCCCUCCAACUUCACCCCUCCAACUUCAGCCCUCCAUCUUCAGCCCUCCAUCAUGCAUUGUGGGUACCUGUUCUUACUGUCGCUGGCGUUGUGGGCGGAGCAUGCGGCAGGUAGGGUGUUACCAAUGGACUCAACAGACAUGCAGAGCAUCAUCGAGGACCUGCGGGAGGCGCUGCAGGAAUACAAGGCAGCGUUUAACAAUAAGGAUUCAUGUUGGAGCUUGUUGUUUAAAUACAUCUGGUCUGUUUGGAACAGUGUGACCUGAGCGGUACGACCCCGCUCUGCACAGAGACCGCCGCUCCGCUGGAACAGAGCUCCACGGUGGCCCAGAGACUGACUGAGUAUCAGGAGUGUGUGCCGCUCCAUUCUUUCUGUCCUGAUGUCAGUGUUCAUCUGGAUAAAGUCGAAAAACUGAACAUCGACCUGGUGCAACACCUGGUGAGUCUCUGUGCUCUGAUUGGCUGACUUAAAACGUGAUAGAAUUAUUGAUUAAAGAAGUCAGCUGUUUAAAAUAUAGUGUUCUCUAUACCUUUCUGAAAUAUGUGUGUGUGCGUGUUUACAGAAGGGGUUGUACCAAGAGCGCAGUAUCCCCUCCCCCACCUCGCCUUCAGUAUUAUUCAGCUCCGUACAGAAAUCCAUCCAGUGUGUUGACUGCUGGAGCCAGCAGGUGGCAGCACUGAGCAGAUAAAACACACACACACACACACAAAUAAAUAUUAUGAUUUUAAAUAAUGAUAAACUUUUAUUUUGUAAUUUUUACAAUCACUUCAGUGGACGUCCAACAGGAGGUGAUGUUUGCUCAGUGACGUAGAGAAGAAGACUAUUAUUAUUAUUUAGGGUUUUAUUUCCCAUCUUGAAAUACAUUCAAUGUUUUCCAUUUUAUUUAAUUGUCAUCUUAUUAUCUUCAUUAUUUGUCUGAUUUCCUUUAUUUUAAAGCACUUUGUGCUGCAUUUGUUUUAUAAAGGUGCUA